CAGAAGAUUGACGUCACGUCGUCUGACGUCAUAUGAAAUUCAGUGUAAGCGGCAGAAAACGGUGAAGUGAAUUGGACAAAAAUGAAUAUUGUAAUAAUCCUUGCGGUGUUGUGUGCCAGCAGCUGGGGCAAGGACAGUUAUAAUAGGGCAUUUCUUAAUUCUGCACAAUGUGGAAAAUACAUGGAUGCUGGAUGUAAACAGGUGGAUGCCAAGAUGCGAAAAGCUAAUACGACGUUGCUAUAUUCGCACAUAUUAGACACCAACAUGUGCAGCACUUUGAUACCGUAUGCAAUGUGCGUCACCAACGGCUGUCUGCAAACCGACAACGAAAUGAAGAUACGCAUGCAGAGCAUCGUAGACCAAUGCAACAAGCUGAGCAAACGUUAUUUGUGCCCUGAGGAUUACGGGUGUUCGGCGGCCGCUUUCGAGAUAGUUGUCACACUGCAACAAAGGAAACAUAACUCGCUUAAAGUGCUACAAGAGUUAGGACUGUGCGGUGCUAUUAUAAAAAUUUAUCGGUGUGUCCAUGUCGGCUGUUUCCCCAAACUGUUUCAAAAUAGCACUGAACAUUUUGCCAAGGUAAUGGAAGUCUGUGAUAAAAGACAUGACCUGAAAGUUCUGCCUGCCUCAGAUGCCACCAGCGUCUCCGCGUUCGUCGUUUUGGUGCUCCUUGGAGCCAUGGCUUUCCUCUUCCAAUAGAUAUAUUGGGAAGUAUGACGUUUGCCCUGUGUGUUUCCCAAGGAAUGUGACAAAACGUCUAAGCAACUGGUACACAGUGGAACAUGACAACGUCAAUUUCAACCUUGCAGCAAACGUUUAUUUAACUUAGUUUUGCCUUUAUCUCUUUAUCUCUGUUAUAAAUUAGCUUUCAUAUUAAUUAUUAAAUAGAUACAUAAACUGCACAAUUUUGUUUCUCGCACACACGUUAUGUUUUUCAAUUAUUUAACCAAAAGGUUAACAUAUAUUUAUACAUGCAUGCUUUCAUCUGUGUCUCUCUCUCUGUCUCUCUCUCUCUCUGUCUGUCUCUCUCUCUGUCUCUCUGUCUCUCUCUCUGUCUCUCUGUCUCUCUCUCUCUCUCUCUCUCUCUCUCUCUCUCUCUCUCUCUCUCAAUAAAAAUAUAAAUGUAUAUAAUAUAUCGCUGCUGCUACUGGAUCAAGAAAAGUGCCCCCCCUUCCUACGCCAGUUGACUCUAUCUUUAAACUACCCCCAACACACACUUGCGCGCGCACACAUACACACACACACACACACAUACACUCUCUCUCUCUAAAUAAUAUAUAUAAAUAUAAAUGUAUAUAAUAUAUAGCUGCUGCUACUGGAUCAAGAAAAGUGCCCCCCCCCCCCCCCCCCGCCCCGCGCCCUUCCUACGCUAGUUGACUCUAUCUUUAAAGUACCCCCAACACACUUGCACGCGCUCACACACACAUAAACACUCACUCUCUCUCUCUCUCUCUCUCUCUCUCUCUCUCUCUCUCUCUCUCUCUCUCUCUCUCUCUCUCUCUCUCUCUCUCUCUCUCUCUCUCUCACACACACACACACGCAUACACUUACCUUCUCAAUCUCUUGGAUCUGCGCCUGGCUCUGGUUGUAAUUAUCUUAAUGUAACAAUUAUUAUCAGCUUUUGUUUAUUGAAAUAAAAUUGGUUUUGCCAUU